UCUGUCAAUCUAAUUUUCAAACUUGAAUUAACUAAAUUACAUAGAAUAUGUGAAGUGUCAGCAUGCGCUACGGAAGGAGGUUAUACAAUAUCAUCGGCACCACACAUGAACGACAGCUCAAGAAAAAGAAAACAAAGUCUUUGUCAUCUGAAGGUGUUGUCCUGAGGCUUCACCUUUUGUCUCAAUAAAUAGAGCAUCAGCAGUAGCAACCAGGACACGCAAAUGGUUAUAUCCUAUUUGUCAAAUAUUGCAAGACAUCCUCAAGACAUUGUUUCUGCACCUUAGCUUGACACACCUACUCAGGGGACUGUUUCAUCUUGUGAUCCUUUAAUAAAUGACUAGCCUCUCCCCUUUAGUCAAACUGUAACCUGCUCUAAUGACACGGUAUCUGGUUGUAGUCACCUCAGGAAGGAAAAGAAAUGAUUGUCCCAAGGAUACUGAAGAGCCUCUCUCUCAUUCUCAUAGGUACAUGUUUUUAUUUUGUCUUUUGGGAAACUGGCUCUAACUGGCAGUCUGUAUCUGAUCUCAGAAUACCACGGCAGUUUUCUGUUGACCUGCCUGGCUGCUUGGCUAUCAUCAGCGGGGAUGUGGAGGGCAGGAAAAAUGAAUUAGAAGUGCUUCUGGCAUCCAGGAAAAGACGGAGUAUUUUAACUGAGGACUUCUACCUCAAUGUGACGAAGGACUGUCCGGCUUACAUUGAGGACAGAGGUUUCAUUACGGUGCCUCUCAGUGAAGAGGAGAAGGACUUUCCCCUUGCCUACUCUAUGGUGAUCCAUGAGAAGAUUGAGAUGUUUGAGCGACUUCUGCGAGCUAUUUAUGCUCCCCAGAACAUCUACUGUGUGCACGUGGACCAGAAAUCCCCAAAACAAUUUAAAAAGGCUGUUGAGGCAAUUAUUUCCUGUUUUCCUAAUGUGUUUAUAACUACCAGAUUGGAAAAAGUGAUAUAUGCUUCAUGGUCCCGGGUACAGGCAGAUUUGAACUGCAUGAGGGAUCUGAUGGCCUCACACAUCCAGUGGAGGUACAUGCUUAACACCUGCGGGACGGACUUUCCCAUCAAAACCAACAGAGAGAUGGUUCAGACAUUGAAGACACUGAAAGGGAGAAACAGCAUGGAGUCUGAGACAACCAAUGACUAUAAGAAGGGCCGGUGGCAGUAUCAUCACAAUGUCACCGACACCGUCAUCAGAACGGAUGUGAGGAAAAGCCCCCCACCCAUUAGCAGCCCCAUGUUCUCAGGAAACGCUUACUUUGUGGUCACAAGAGCCUUUGUGAAACACUUGAUGAGGGACAGACAGGUUCAGAAGCUGCUGGAGUGGGAGAAGGACACAUACAGCCCUGAUGAGCACUUGUGGGCCACUCUACAGAGGAUGCCCUCAGUUCCUGGGUCAGUGCCUGCGAACGAAAAGUACGACACGUCAGACAUGCAGGCCCUCGCUCGCGCGGUGAAGUGGAGCUAUUUAGCAGGAGAUAUAAGAAAGGGGGCUCCAUACUAUCCUUGCACUGGUGGUUACCGGAGAGCAGUUUGCGUGUACGGAGCUGGUGACCUCCAUUGGCUCCUGACACAACGACAUCUCUUCGCGAAUAAGUUUGAUCCGGAGGUUGAUGAUAUUGCUCUCAGAUGUAUGGAGUCAGUCCUUCGUUUCAAAGCUUCAGGCCAACAUCUACUGUUGACAGAUAAAUAUUACUCCUUUCUGUGAAGCUUGCAAUCAUUUGAAAUGUGAAAUAAUUAAGGCAACACUUAUUAUUGUAUUUUUAGAAUUUAAAUAUUAU